AUGGGGAUUGGGACCUCUCUCUAUCUCCAUUUCUUGCUUCUGGAUCCACUUCCGAAAGUGCAGAAGAUUUUGAGAUGGAAAAUGCAUGGUGAGAGUUUAGAGGUUCUGCAUAUCAUAUCAGACAUGGAUGAGGCUAGAGCAUGUGGAUUGGGAACUGGGGAAGUUCUUUGGCUUUCUCCAUCUGAGUUUGUACUCCAUAUUGGAACGAUGAUGAGGCCAGGAUCAUCAGCUGAGAAGUCUCUUGCAAGAGAAUUAGAUCUUGAAUGA